CAAAAGCGCUAAUUUGUCACUUCCGGUUCGUCUUCAUCGAAAGAAAUGGCGGACAUGGACGAACUGUUCGGGAGUGAUGGGGACAGCGACAACGAACAAAGAGCAGUGGCGUCUGGCUCUGGUUCGGGUUCUGACUCUGAGCCGGAGGUGCCCCGGUCCCGUUCCCAUUCCCAUAGUAACGCCUCCGGCAGUGACAGCGAGAGAGAUGAGGAUUUAGGACGAGACGGGGUAAAGCCCAACACCAAGGAGCUGUUUGGGGAUGACAGUGAAGAGGAACGCCAUAGCCAACACAGCGACAACCAAUCAAACCUGUCAGAACGCUCAGGAAACCAGUCAGACGCCAGCAUGCACUCGGAGCCCGAGGACAAUGACCAGUCAGAUGCGGAGCAGCACAGUGGGUCGGAGAGAGGGCACCGGGAGGAGGAGGAAGAUGGAGAUCGAAGGUCAGAGGCAGGCAGUCCAGUAUCGGGGGCAGGGAGCCCCAGGUCUGUGAGGGGCAGCGCUCGCUCUGAGAAGAGUGUCCAUAGUGACCCCGGAACCCCCCACUCGGCGCCCGGCACCCCCCACUCGGCGCCAGGCACUCCCCAGUCUAUCCCCGGCACCCCCCAGUCUAUCCCCGGCACCCCCCAGUCUGUCCCCGGCACCCCCCAGUCUGUCCCCGGCACCCCCCACUCAGGGCCCGGAACACCCCACUCAGAUGGGGAGGGGUCAGGCAGGGAGAACCAAUCAGGUGAUGAAAAGUGGGGAGGAGGGGCUAAGAGUGACCAAUCAGAGGACGAGGAGGAGAAGCGGCACCAAUCGGACGAAGAGAGAGAGAAUUCUGAUGAGGAUGGGGCGGGGCAUAGGAGCAGGAAUAAGUCAGAGUUUGCGAAGGGCAGUGACAGCGAGGAUGACUUCAUUGGACGGAAGAACAAGAAGAUGGCGGCGUCUGCCUCAGACUCUGACAGCGACGUUGGAGCCAAGAAGAUGGCGGCGUCUGCCUCAGACUCUGACAGCGACGUUGGAGCCAAGAAGAUGGCGGCGUCUGCCUCAGACUCUGACAGUGACGUUGGAGCCAAGAAGAUGGCGGCGUCUGCCUCAGACUCUGACAGCGACGUUGGAGCCAAGAAGAUGGUGGCGUCUGCCUCAGACUCUGACAGCGACGUUGGAGCCAAGAAGAUGGCGGCGUCUGCCUCAGACUCUGACAGCGACGUUGGAGCCAAGAAGAAAGGAAAAGGUAAGAAGCCAGCAGCAGACGACCUGUUUGGAGAGGCAGACGACAUCUCAUCAGACAGUGAUGCUGAGAAACCCCCCACUCCAGGACAACCCCUGGACCAGGAGGAGGGUGUGGAGGAUCACGCUGAGGAGGAGCCCGUCCCAGAGACUCGUAUCGAGGUGGAGAUUCCUAAAGUCAGCACGGAUCUAGGAUCAGACCUCUACUUCGUCAAACUACCCAACUUCCUCUCUGUUGAGCCCAGACCCUUUGACCCUCAGUACUAUGAAGAUGAGUUUGAGGAUGAGGAGAUGUUGGAUGAAGAGGGUCGGACCAGGCUCAAACUGAAGGUUGAGAAUACUAUCCGGUGGAGAGCCAAGAAGGGGGAGGAGGGGGGCGACGCCAGAGAGAGUAACGCCCGCAUCGUCAAGUGGUCUGACGGCAGCAUGUCUCUCCACCUGGGUAAUGAGGUGUUCGAUGUGUAUAAAGCUCCUCUCCAGGGAGACCACAACCACCUGUUCAUCAGACAGGGGACUGGGUUACAGGGACAGGCUGUGUUCAAGACCAAACUCACCUUCAGACCCCACUCGACAGACAGCGCCACCCACAGGAAGAUGACCCUCUCUCUGGCCGACCGCUGUUCUAAAACCCAGAAGAUCAGAAUACUGCCCAUGGCUGGACGAGACCCUGAGUCUCAACGCAGCGAGAUGAUCAAGAAAGAAGAGGAGCGUCUGCGGGCGUCUAUCCGUCGUGAGGGCCAACAGCGGCGGAUGAGAGAGAAGCAGCACCAACGAGGGUUGAGCGCCGGUUACCUGGAGCCUGAUCGCUAUGACGACGAUGAGGAGGGGGAUGAGUCAGUCAGCCUGGCCGCCAUCAAGAGCAAAUACAAGGGGGGAGGAGGAGCAGGAGGACUGAGGGAGGAGCGUGCUAGGAUCUACUCGUCUGACAGUGAUGAGGGUUCUGAUGAUGACAAAGCCCAGAGACUGCUCAAGGCCAAGAAACUAGACUCUGAUGAGGAAGGGGAGAGUUCAUUGAAGAGGAAGGCUGGGGAGGAUGAGGAGGAGGAGGAGGUGGAACCCAAGAAGGCCAAGAAAUAUGUCAUCAGCGAUGAAGAGGAGGAGGAGGAGGAAGAUGAUGAAUGAUGUCAUUUUUUUACCAUACCACUGUAUUAUCAGUGUUUUGUUCUGUCCAACGCGUCGCGGUGUAGACAAGAAACCUUUCAUUUGUGGUUUGUAUAUUUUCUAAUGAUUGUGUGAGAGAGAGAUCGCUCUGUACAGCUGUAGUUACGGAAUAAAGGAUCAGAUGAACUAGGUGUUUAUCUCAAUGACCAAA